AUGGACUCCAUUCCCAUAAAUCUUUCACCUCGGAUCUCUGUUUACAGUCGCCUAUGCCCUAUAAUUGUUCAUUCGAACAACAGUUCUGUAUCGUUAUUCAAAGUCAACAAAUUUAAGAAGCCACAGAGCCGUGCGAUAUUUGCUUCAUAUAGUACGCCGUCGAAUCUCACCAACACACCGAAGAACAGUUGCCGAAAUAACGGCCCACCCGUUAACCCUUUUUGGGUUUUGCUGCCUCUUCUACGGGGCAUCAGAGACUUUGCUGCUACGGUGGAGAAAUGGGUUUCUUGUGUGAGAGGAAUUGGACAACCGGAGAGAUUGCCAGAGGGAUGGGAUGGCGAGUACCUGCAGUGUGGAGGGAUCGGGAUGGCUCUUAUGAGUGUUACUUCCACUGCGAAGCUUCGUAUUAGCCCUUUUGUGGCGACACUAGCGGCUAACCCGACUUUCGUAUCAGGUCUUCUCGCUUGGAUGAUAGCUCAAUCGACAAAGGUGUUCUUGAAUUUUUUCGUGGAGAAGAAAUGGGAUUUUAGGAUUCUUUUUGCUUCUGGUGGGAUGCCUUCGUCUCACUCGGCCUUAUGUACGGCCCUUACGACUUCGGUGGGACUCUGUCAUGGGGUGGCUGACUCACUCUUUCCCGUUUGUUUGGGUUUCAGUCUCAUUGUCAUGUAUGACGCAAUUGGAGUUCGUCGCCAUGCUGGGAUGCAAGCAGAGGUCCUUAAUAUGAUCGUUGAGGACUUGUUUCAGGGACACCCUAUCAGUAAAAGGAAGCUGAAGGAGUUUCUUGGUCACACCCCUUCGCAAGUCCUUGCUGGAGCUCUUCUAGGCAUGUUGGUUGCUUGCAUCUGUUGUCAGGGUAGCUUAGUUGCUACCUAGGUAGCUUAGUUGGUACAGCAGGUAAUUCCACAAGAUUUGUGUCAAUGUUGCGAAACUCAAAUUACAUCCCUUGGUUCAAUGGGAUAAUUCUGUUGAACUCAUGUACUUUAUAAUUCUUUGAUAAUCAAAUAUGUUUUACAAGAAUGCCUUC